UUACAUUUGUAUUUUCUGUUGUAUAUUUUUGAGUCAUUGUCAAAAAUUUUAAGAUUUUUAUUUUAAAAUUAUUUAAGUGACAAAAUUGUAUUUAUUUAACUGGAAAUGGAGAACAAAGAGGAGAAAGAGAAUACUAUUGCUGAAGACUUGGUUGUUACCAAGUAUAAAAUGGCUGGCAGUAUUGUCAAUCAAGUGUUAAAACAGUUAGUUGAUAAGUGUGUGGUAGGAGCUUCUGUUCGAGAAAUAUGCAUUUACGGGGAUAAACUACUCGUUGAGGAAACAGGCAAAGUUUUCAAACGUGAAAAAGAUAUCAAGAAAGGUAUUGCUUUUCCAACAUGUAUAUCAGUGAACAAUUGUAUCAGUCACUUCAGUCCCUUGUACAGUGAGCCAGAUUACAUAUUGAAACACAAUGAUGUAAUUAAAAUAGAUCUAGGCGCUCAUAUUAAUGGGUUCAUAGCAGUUGUAGGCCAUACUAUAGUUCUUGGUGCCUCUCAGACUAACAAGGUGAGUGGGAAAAUAGCCAAUGUCAUGAUGGCAGCACAUUACGCAUCUGAGGCUGCUCUGAGAUUGCUCAAAGCUGGGAAUGAGACGUACACAGUAACAAAAACAGUUCAGAAGAUAGCAGAAGCUUACCAGUGCAAACCUAUAGAAGACAUAUUGAGCUAUCAGUUGAAACAGUUCAACAUCGAUGGGGAGAAGACCAUCAUUCAAAACCCAAGCGAUAUUCACAAAAAAACAUAUGAAAAAUUUGAAUUUGCAGUACAUGAAGUGUAUGCUUUGGACGUUCUUAUCAGUUCAGGACAAGGGGAGGGUCGAGAGAUGGAUACUAGAGUCUCCAUAUACAAGAAAACCGAUGAGGCAUACCAGCUGAAACUGAAAGCUUCUCGUAUGUUCUACUCAGAAGUGAAUCGUAAGUAUGGAACUAUGCCUUUUAACCUGCGGAACUUUGAGGAGGAGAAGAAAGCCAAGAUGGGAGUGACAGAAUGUGUCAAUCACAAUCUCAUAGAGCCUUUCAAAGUACUCUUUGAGAAGGCCAAUGAAAUAGUUGCACAAUUCAAGUUCACAGUACUGCUGAUGGCCAAUGGUCCGCAUAGAAUAACUGGUCUACCUUUUGACAUGGGGCUUUAUGAGUCAGAACUGGCUAUCAACGAUCCUGAGCUGAAGAUACUACUAAGUUCAUCGGUUAAUCCGAAUGUCAUCAAGAAGAAGAAAAAGAAGAUAUGCAUACCUGAAAUGGAAGUACGGGAUGAUACAAAUAUUCAAUAGGCUGGGAGAAUAUAGUAUAAGCAUAACUCUAAUUAAAUGAAAAUUAAGGACAAAAAAGAAGAUAGAAAAUUGCUAUUGUAGACAUUGCUGGGGAACGACUGAAAGUUUUAAAUUUAAAUGUCUACACAAUUUUAUGGUUGUUAGAUGAAUCUUACUGAGUUAUAUUUAAGGUUAAGAAUGUUCUUGGCCCUGAGCCUUUUUAAACUUGUUAUGUUAUAUUUUUUAAUGUUCAAAAAAAUGUACUAAGAUCCUUCUCUUUAUAGUUCUAUUCAAGAGCAACAUUGUCUGAAUGUUAAAAGUUCGACUUUUAGUUGUAAAAUAUUCGGUUGAUGUUAUUUUUGUCAUUUAUAACAGCGUAGUGUUAUAAAAACAAUAAAUAUUUAAAUUU